UCCGGGCGCCCGGCAGCCUCUGAGGAGAGCGGAGCGUGGCCGCUGCGAGGCUGAGAAGCAGAGCCGUGAUGUUCCGCAUCGAGGGCCUCGCGCCGAAGCUGGACCCGGAGGAGAUGAAACGGAAGAUGCGCGAGGAUGUGAUCUCGUCCAUACGGAACUUUCUUAUCUACGUGGCCCUGCUGCGAGUCAGUGAGUGUUUCCCGGGCUGCGGCCGCGAGACCCGCGGGGAGCUCGCGGACAUGGCCCGCCCGACUCUGGUCCUGGGGUUCUGUGGGGGCCGCGAGCUGAGCGCACCUUUUAUCCUAAAGAAAUUGGACAGCAUAUGAAGAUGGGUAUCAUAUGUGAAUGCGAGAUAUGAGGAAUCCAGUUACAAUUUCUACUCGAUCUGCAAAUGAAUAGGCCCAGAAAGAUGUAAGAGACUCUUUGAUGAAUGGACAUAAAAAUUCUACUUGUUAAGAACAAGUGUGGCUCUGGUAACUGACCUUCAUAGCUAAAGUUUAAAAAUACUUGGGAAGUAAAGACAUCUUGUGGUGAUAUUACACCCAUAUGCCUGUGAUGUUCAGCUUCUGUGAAUGUUGAUAUAAUUGUAAGUAAUGUCAAACUCUAUUUUCUAACAAGUAUUAAUUAUAAGGGAAUUCUGUCUACAAUAGCACUGUCUUGCUAAUUUCUGUUUACAUUUUUACUUCUUUCUGGAGUACAUAUGCUGAAUUGUUCCUUAUGAUUAGUUAUAUUUUACAAAAGCCAGCACACAGCCACAACAACACUUGAGCACAGGACCAUUGGUCUAUAUUUUUAAUUAAAGUAUCAACUAAGAAAAAAAUUGGGAUUUUAUUUCUCUUAACCUACUUUUUGCUGCAGACCUCUUUGAUAUUGUAAUUAUUACAAACUACAUUAAACUGAGUUCCUCUUGUUUUGGACUGAA